AUGUACAAACAACCGUCACGACAGGCUUGUGAUCGCUGUCAUGACCAGAAACUACGGUGUCACCGCGAUGAUGGAGGGAAAUGCAGCCGCUGUAGGAGAGCGGGCGCAAAUUGCUUGUUUAGUCCUUCGAACCGUGGGCGUCGGCCCACCCAUCAGGAUCGCCGCAACGGUUCCCAUAUAUCUAAAUGGACCAGUGACAGGCCGUUGGCCAUGGGACUGGCGCCCCAGAUGCCCUAUUCACCGAACACGCAUCUGCGGGAUAUCGACUUGCUGAACCGGGAAUAUUCAGAGGGUGAUCUUCAAGCAAUCACCGUCGACAGAACCCCGAUUGCAGGGGCUGAGAUCCCCGAGCCGACGCUGUCGAACCUAUGCAUGGGCGUCGACCAGGACGUCCCCUUCCCGGAAAGCUUUAUCCCGUCUCUAAGUCUUCCCGGGGCAUCUUUGGGAUCUGCAAUAUUCUCCCGUUUACCUACCCAGAAUACGGCUCCUUGCACCUUGAUCACUGACCACCAACUCCCUCUACUCGAAUCGUUCCCCGGGCCAAGUGUGCCCAAUUCUGGAAACAGAAUCGGCCCCGACAUCCCACCACUGUCGUCUCAACAAUCGGAGCUAUCGUUGGGACCCACGUCCCAUCGCAAGAUCGGUUCACAGACUCAGUUUCUACAGAAAUUCAUGGAAGGUCUUUUAGAGCUCGACAUUGACUUGAUUCGGCUCACGUUGGAGGAACCUCUGCUAUAUAACCCAGCCCCGAUGACCCCUGAAACAGAUAACUCCAACUCGCCUUCCUCAUCAGAAUGUUCGAUCGACAGAAUUUUCCUUCUCACGCAACGACUAAUCAAGCUUUUGCGAGUAAAGGGAAAUUGCCCAGUUGAGUCGCCCGCUGUGCAGAAUACACAUUGCCAAUCGCCGCUUUCCGCAUCCUCUACUUUUUCUUCGCGGUUCCAGCAGCUUAUCGCCGAGCCUCAAAGCACGUCUGGAAAUUCAGGAACGAAAUCGCAGCAGCCGGGAACAAGGCUCGAUCAACCAUCCCUAUUACAUGCCUUGUCUACCUACAUACGGCUGAUCGAAGCUUAUUAUAAUACCUUCUCGCAGACCGCUGAAAGGUUCGGUGCUGCGUUGGCCAAAGGGAUGCCCAUUCCACUCCCCUCGCUACAAAUCGGGGUGUUUUUCGUGGAUGACCCAGCAAGUCACAUUGAGUUGGUGAUUCAGUCAGCCUUGCGACUGCUAGAUGGUCUGGGGGACUCGGUGAACAAACUUACGGCGCCUUUCGUAUCCAGCGGGAACGCCGAAACCGACAACAGUCAGCCGUCUAGUCCAUCCAGCGAAAACAACGCAAUCAAAAUGGUGAUAAAGUCGGUCCGUGAACGCGAAAGCCGCUUGAUGCAGGCUGCGGCACAAUUGCAAAGCUGCUGCCAAGAAGGUCGACAGUCGCGUGAAUGA